ACUUUCUCGUUGUACCUAAAAUAACAGACUUUGUACCUGCUACCAGAAUAAAAGUAGAAAAACUGAAAAUACCUGAGCAUAUAUACUUAGCACAUCCAGAUUUUGACAAGCCAGGAGAGAUCCACCUGAUAUUGGGUGCUGAACGUUUUUUCGAAUUAGUGAAGGAGCAAAAGAUUCGAUUAUCUAGUACUUUACUUUUCCAAGAUCCAAUCUUCGGAUUUAUUGCUAGUGGAGUUGUUGAAACUGAAAAUUCACAUCAAUAUUGUGGGCUAAUCUCUCAGUCAGAAAGUCUAGAAGAAUGUGUACAUAAAUUUUGGCAAAUCGAAGAAAUAGCCAACGAACCCCGUAGAAGCGAAGAAGAUGAGUUUUGCGAAUUGCAUUAUCAGAAGACACAUAGGAGAAAUGAGAGUGGGCGUUUCAUAGUACAAAUGCCUAUUCGAGAAGAAGCACCUCAUCAAUUAGGUGAUUCAAGAAACAUUGCUAAUAAACGUCUUAAUCAGACGAUUAAAAGGUUAAAUAAAAACCCAGACCUAAAAAGGCUUUAUAUCGAUUUUAUCAAUGAUUACGAAAGCUUACAUCAUAAAGAAAGGGUUGAAGAAGAAAAUCCUCCACCCUUACUUUCUACCUUCCUCAUCAUGAAAUUUACAAACCUGAAAAAUCACCUACGAAAUUGCGCAUUGUGUUUAAUGCAUCAGCUCCUACUACUACAGGAUUGA